AUGCUCCCUAGACUGUUUAUAAACAGCUGGAUUGAGCAGAAGCUCGUGGUGAAUCCAAGUGAGGAGAACUUGGAGUGUCUGUGCAGGCUGCUGUCCAUUGUCGGAAAAGACCUGCAUGAGGAAAAGGACCAGUACCUACUGGACCUUUACUUCUCUGCGAUAAAUAAAAUCAUCCAGCAGAGAAAAACAUCAUCCAGGAUCUGCUGCAUGCUGCAGGGAAUUGUGGAUCUAAGACAGAAUAACUGGGUUCCCAAGAGCGACGAUCAGGGCACCAAAACCAUCAAUAAGGUCCACAAAGUAUCUGAAAAGGAGAAACCCCAGGAGAAAGAGGAACAGCAAGAAGCACCGUCCAUCAAGUGCUGUAGGGGGCGAAUUAUUAAAAAACAGGAUGAUGGUCUUAUGACAGUGACCAUCAGGAAUGGAACCAUCAAUACAUCCCGCCCCAGCAAGAUCAACAAGCCUGGUGCCACCAACUACAACCAGCUUGAUGGCUGUGGAAGAACAUGCUCAUGGGGAAACUGGAGCAAAGGAGGUAGCAGAGGUUCCACAGACAGAACCAGUGCUGAGGAGAACACAAGUGCUCAUAUUAGAAGGAGCUACAGAAAGAAUGAGCACUGUGACAGAGAUCAGAACAAGCACUGGAACAGACGGGACAGGAGGUACAGAGGACAGGACAUGCGUCCUCAUUACUAAUUCAAGGAACAUCAAACAGUUCAGAGUCCCAAACCAGCUGAAACCGGACUCGACGGAACAGCUGCCUCCAGAAUAAACAUCAAUCAAAAUUCAUCCAACCAUGAGCAAUA